GUGGUGCGGUGCUUGCUGAGCUGUGGCGCUGACGGGAACGUGUGCGGUGGAGUGAAAGAUCGUCCAUUACAUCUGGCCGCUAGUCGAGGACUUUCUGCCAUAGCCUCGCUUCUUCUCGAGGCCGGAGCCGAUCCUCAACUGGCCGAUGACGAGGGAAACCUGCCGCUACAUUUCGCUGCCAAGACCGGUCACAUGGCAGUGCUGAACAUCCUUCUUAAAAGCAGCAGCAAUUUGUCGGAGACCGUGGCCACGCGCAACGUCUAUGGCGACACUCCGCUCCACCUAGCAUGUUACGGUGGGCGACUGGAUGCCACCAAAGCGCUCAUUGCCGCUGCCGGUUCACAUCUGAUGGUUUCGGAAAACGUGUUCUCUGAGACUCCGUUGCAUGCGGCAUGCACGGGCGGCAAGUUCCAUCGAGCUAAUCGCGUUCCUGAUGAAACAACCCGGACCUUGCAUUCGGCAUGCUACCAUGGACAUCUGCAAAUUGUACAGUAUCUCCUUGAAAAUGGUGCCGAUCAGUCACUUGCAGCACGUACAAACGAAAGACCGGCAGCAGUUCAGCGGACACCACAAUCGACAUUCGCGGCCGCUAUUAUGGCCCUAAAUCGUCCCGAAACCCUAUCAGGAAUAUCAUCGCGAGACUCGGUGGUUUCAGUUGAGGAUCAACAGACACCAGUGAUCUGGGCAUACGAGAAAGGUCAUGACCGUAUUGUAGCUUUGUUGAAGCAGUACGCUAACAAGCGACCUGAUGCCGAUGUUUGCAGCGAGUACAGUUCUGGAGAUUCCUCCUACACACCGCUACCUUCACCAAUGGGUCGACUACGAUCAAUGACAAGAGAGAAGGCCGAGGUUCUACAGCUGCGAUCAGCACUUCCACCGAUGUUUCACCUGUCUUUAGCAGACAUUCGACUUCCAGGAAGCAGUUGGAAGUGGUUCAUUCGGCAAAGUCUACAAAGGAAGCUAUCGUGGAAAAAUCGUUGCCAUCAAAAG